AAUUUUUAUAUUACCCGAAAUUUCUUCUGCUUCAGUGUUGAUCGCGCGGUAGCAUCAGCAGAGAUUUAGAGGGCAGAGAUGGCGUGUUUACAUGAUCACAGUUGUGAAGAUCAUGAUUGUUCUUCUGAUUGGUCUCUCUACCAACAUAUAGACCUCCCCAAGGUGUCUGCAUUAAAUGAGGCUGUUCCAGGAAGUGUUAAGUCUGUCUUUAAAGCGUGGGAGCAACGUCUAAAUUCUUCUGGGGAACACCUGGAAAGUAAUGAUGGCGAUCCAGAGUUACUUGUUUAUAUUCCCUUUACGUCAGAUGUUAAGAUCAAGAGCAUUUCAAUUGUUGGUGGUGCUGAUGGAACAAGUCCUUCCAAGAUGAGAGUGUUCAUCAAUCGGGAUGGAAUUGACUUCUCAGAUGCACAAGGUAUGCAAGCUGUUCAGGAGUGGGAUUUGGUGGAAAAUCUGCAAGGAGUUUUGGAAUACCAGACGAGAUAUUCCAAAUUUCAAAGUGUGGCAAAUAUUACAUUACACUUCCCUGAUAAUUUUGGAGGUGAAACAACUCAGAUACACUACAUUGGCUUAAAAGGUGAAGCCACCCAGUUGAAGAGGGAUGUUGUUGCAACAAUCGUUUAUGAAGUGAUGCCAAAUCCUUCUGAUCACAAGACAAAAGCUGAAACUGGUGGGGGUAUUUCACAUGUGGAAUGAAGAAUUCAUGUUUCCUCAUCAAGAUUUGAAGUACUUUUCUGCAGUUCUGACGACACUAAACAAGUUUUAAAAAUUGCUGCCAAAUAUCUUGGUGGCAUAACUUACUUGCUUUGACAAAUGUUUUACGGAAUCUUUUGUUUUCUCAUAAAAGUUUUAGUAGUGAUGCAACACCAGACUGGACGAGUGUGAUAUUCAUAUCUAUUUGUCUUUUAUUAUGCAAAUGCCCUUACUACAUGACUAAUUUCA